AUCAUGUCCGAAUUUACGGAAUAUGUUGAACCCACCUGGCGUGGUCUUGAUAUGCGUAAAUUAAAAGUUGACGAAGCUUACCUAAUACCCAAAAGCUUGUAUAAUACCGUCACAUAUUUGUACACUCUAUCCGAGGAGUGUUAUACGUGUCCCUAUACAAAGGUGAAAGCUGUGCCACAGCACCUGGCCAAUGGUGAUGCCAACUAUGUAGACGUUACAACAACACUAAAUGUGGCACACCCAUUAAAAUUUAAAAUAUUCGAUAAUGAUGUGGGACGUUAUGCUUUUAGCAAUGAAAGCGCUUUAUGUGAAUUCGAGCAAAGAAACUUAAAGGAAUUCGGUGUAUAUAAUCUGACUGUAAAUGUGGAUGGUACCUGUCGAUUGGAGAUCGAUAAAGACGGCGUGAAUGUCAAUUACUCACUGCUAUCUGUAUUCGUAUUGGUGUCAUUGGUAUUGACUGUUUUAAAAAUAGGACUGUGUGCCUGGCGUUCAUAUCGUUACGAGGAUGAAAUUUUGGAUAAUACCCCACCUUCGCCCACUACCCAGCCGACGUCGCGUAAUCGUAUGCGAAGUUUGGAUGUAUUUCGGGGGAUGGCAAUUGUUUUGAUGAUUUUCGUAAAUAGUGGUGGUGGCGAUUAUUGGUGGAUUGAGCAUGCCCCAUGGAAUGGUUUACAUUUGGCCGAUGUUGUAUUUCCAUCAUUCCUAUGGAUCAUGGGUGUCUGCAUACCGAUUUCUGUAAAAUCACAGUUGUCCCGAGGCACCACAAAAAUGCAAAUUUGUUUAAGGAUAAUAUGGAGAUCCAUAAAAUUAUUCUCCAUUGGCCUUUGUUUGAACUCCAUAAAUGGUCCGAAUUUGGAAAGUUUGCGAAUAAUGGGUGUUCUGCAACGCUUCGGCAUAGCAUAUCUGAUAUGUGGCAUCGUCCACACACUGUUGACGCAAACGGAUCGUAUUGAGCCCCAAGUCACUUGGAAACGUGCCCUAUAUGAUAUUAUAACCUUCAAAGGAGAACUUGUGGUUGCAUUGAUUUUGGUCAUUGUACAUUUGUCUAUUGUUUUUGGAUUGAAUGUACCCAAUUGUCCCAAGGGUUAUUUGGGUCCUGGCGGUCAACAUUCCAAUGCCGCCUAUCCGGAUUGUAUUGGUGGUGCCACUGGCUACAUAGAUUUACAGAUUUUGGGCAAUUCUCAUAUAUAUAAACAUCCCACAGCUAAAUAUAUAUACGAUUCAAAGCCAUUUGAUCCGGAGGGAAUAUUUGGUUGCUUGCUGACAAUUGUCCAAGUCCUCUUUGGCGUUCUAACGGGUGUCAUAAUACUAAUACACACCGAUUGGAGAGCACGCAUAACACGCUGGUUACUUUGGUCCAUGUUUUUAACCAUUCUCACAGCAAUUUUAAGUGAAUUCUCCAAAGAGUCGGGAAUAAUACCUAUCAAUAAGAAUUUAUGGUCACUCUCAUUUGUUUGUGUUACCACUGCCUUGGCUUUUACGCUCCUCAGUUUAUUGUAUUACAUUAUUGAUGUACGGCAUUGGUGGACCGGCUAUCCAUUUGAAGCAUGCGGCAUGAAUGCCAUCAUUAUGUAUGUCGGUCAUACGGUUAUGCAUAAAAUGUUACCCUGGCACUGGCGUAUUGGUGCUAUGAAUACUCAUUUCCUCUUACUAUUGGAAGCCGUUUGGAAUACUCUGCUAUGGAUUGGUAUUGCCUUAUAUUUAGAUCAUAAAGAAUUCUAUUAUAGUUUGUAAGAUAU